AAAGCCAGAACUCCCACUUUCUAUCACGCCCUGCCCUCGUAUUAUUCCGGAGACUGCACGCAGACAUGGCGGCGGAGGGAGAGGAGCAGCCUCUGACUUACAUAGAUGAGGUUGUGCUGAAGAAGAGGAGAAACAAUGAGGAGUGGGCCAUACGAAGGAAGCAUCAGCUGGAGCAGAAAGUCAGGAAGCUCAAAUCUGAUAGCUUCAUCAUCAAGAAGCCCGAACAGUUCAUUAAAGAAUAUCGAGACAAGGAGUUGGACCUGGUAAGAAUGAAACAGAGGGGUAAAAGGAGAUUACCAGCGUUCCCAACAUCCAAACUGCUUUUUGUCAUACGUAUUGGAGGGAAAAAUGAUAUGCAUCCGAAAACACGAAAGUAUUUAUACUCAUUGAGGCUGGGGAGAGUAUUUGAUGGGGUAUUUCUAAAGGCUGAUGAAAGAGCAUUAGGAAUUUUGCAGAAGUUGGAGCCUUACGUCACAUAUGGGUAUCCUAAUCUCAAGAGCGUGAGGGAUCUGAUUUUCAAGAAAGGGACUGGAAAAGUUGGUAAACAAAGAGUGCCUUUGACAGACAAUAACAUCAUUGAACAG